GUUUGUUUCUACAAGUAUUCGAGAUGGCACCGAUAAAUGUUUAAAGCGUUCGAUUGCGUAAAGCAAGAAAGAAGCUCAUUGGAAAGAUGAUGGACAUGGACGAUUCCUUAGAUCCGAAAGAAAUAAAAGUAACCCUCGAAACAUACAAGAAAUUAGCGAUCGACUUUGCAAACCAUGACACGAUAUUGAAGGAUAAAACGGUCCUGUCGUACGUGGCAUACAUUUUAGAAGUACCCGAUCUCGAGAUCGUUAAUUUGGGUUUAGAUAUAUUGGACCUGUUCGUUAAGAAUGUAGAUAAUUAUGUACAUAUAACUUCCACCUUCGGCGUACGUGAAGCUUUAGAUGCCGUUAUAAAUAAGUAUAGUAUAGACGAACCAAAGAUUUCUAAGCGAGCACAAUGCAUAAAAGACGAUAUCGAGAGAAUGAAACCGCCGAUAUACAAUUUACGAAGCAAGUGCAGAAGAGUAAUCGAGCCUAAGAAGCUCAAGACUCAUGUAAUAGUGUUACAUGUCCAAGGUUUAUUGCCGGAAACCCGUGCAGAAUUAGAGGCAAUACUAAUAAGAAUCAAUGGAUUAGUUUCUCUUGUAGUUGAUGUAGAACACCAGCGUGUUACAAUGCGUAGUUUAAGUUAUGUCACUGCGAAACAGAUCGCUGAAGCUAUACAGAAAAAUUCAGAAAACAUGGAAGCGAGAUUAGUGACAAGAAAUAAAUUCAAUCAAGAGUACCUUGUUAAAUUGGUCCAUACUGGAAACAACGACACUGAAGAUAUGCCAGAAUAUUUACCUGAGGAAGACGAGCAAGAAGACGAGAAAGAAGGUGUUGUCUCGUUACUUACUGGCUUAAGACAAGGUGCUUCAUCAUUGUACAAAUCCACUACCGAAUUUCUCCAAAAUUCAUUUUACUGGUAAAUUUUAAUAUCCUACGCGUAAUUCUUUCCUGUUCCAUUAUCAGCAAGCGAUUUAAUAAAAAUACAAAUUUUAAUUCUGUAAACAGAUAUUUUUAUUUUUAAUUCAAAUAAUUUUUACUAAUGAGCUGAUAAUACGAUCUUACACGAUUCAUUAAGUUAUGUCUGAAGUUACUUAGUUUUCAAUGUAUCUAUUAUUACACUUAUAAAUGCUAAUUAUGAAGAACCAUUUUAAAGAAAGACGAAAUAUUUAAUGGCAAUGCCGGUGUAUAACUUUAGUUUUUGUUAUAUUUGAUAGUAUCUAUAAUAGUAAGAUCUGAUGUCAAUAUUUUAUGUUUUCUUUUGACAUAUAUCUGUUUUGUGUUAAAACUUGUAAUUAAACAGAGUGAUAUGAUCACUCUUUCAAUCGGUUUCAAGUUCUAUAACAGAAUAAAAAGAGGCAUUGUAUUUAUUACUUACUGAAUGUAAAUUAACUGUUCAGGUCUUGUACAAAAUAUACAUAUACAUGUACCAUAUA